CUACACUUUUGCUGCCAGUCCCGAGUCGUUAGUCGUCGUCCCCCUUUACACCCGCGUUCUCGUCCAUCAUUCUCUCUGCUUUUUCUCAACAAAUAUUCCCUACCCUCCCAAAACCCCUACCCAUCUCUCAAUUCCUUCUCCUCUUCCAUGACGAUUGGUUCUGCCGGAUCCAGCAUCGUUGUGCCGCGAAAUUUUAGGUUGCUGGAAGAGCUCGAGCGUGGAGAGAAGGGUAUAGGAGAUGGAACUGUAAGCUAUGGAAUGGAUGAUGGAGAUGACAUUUACAUGCGCUCUUGGACGGGUACCAUAAUUGGUCCACUCAAUGACGCAUAUACCAACUUAAGCUUUUCUGCGACAAAGAUUAUCCUGAGAAGCCACCAAUUGUACGAUUUCAUACACGAAUCAAAAUGGCUUGUGUCAACCAUGAAACUGGUUGAAGCAAAGAAGUUUGGAAUUCUGGCAAAUUGGCAGCGGGAGUUCACCAUGGAAAACAUACUGAUACAGCUGAAGAAGGAAAUGGCAGCCUCGUACAACCGGAAGCUUGCCCAACCACCAGAAGGUACAUACUACUAAUUGGAUGCAACUUUGAUGGUUUGUUGCAUUUGUUGAACAAAUGAAUUGGCAUAAGCUGAAUCGCUUGUAUACCUGUACAAUAUUUCCAUUAAUGGUAGGUUUAACAAAAAGAAGUGGUCCUUAAGGAGUUUUAGUAUCACUCUCCCCCCUACCUAGUGUUUCUCUUUUGGGUAUUUCUUUUGUAAACUUUUCGAAUGAGAUUUUUCUCCGUGUCCUGAUUGAAAUGCACUUAAAUCAUUUGUGAGCGAGUAAGCUUUUCAGAUUGAUUGCA